CUUUUGGAGUGGUGGAAAGGGAGUGAAACUAGGUACCUAUGCUUGCUCUUAUUGCAAAGGAUAUUUUUGUGAUUCCAAGCUCAACAGUGGCUAGGGAAUCUGCCUUUAGUUUGGGUAAAAGGGUCAUUGAUACUUUUAGAAGUAGUUUGAGUCCAAAAAUGGUUGACGCAUUAGUAUGCACGAAUGAUUGGCUUAGAGCGGAGGAGUUCUCUUUUUAUAAGGAUCCAACUAAUGAUGAACUUGAUUUAUAUAAAGAAAUUGAAGAAAUUGAAGAAAGGUACUCAGGGCUCCUCUCAAUCUUUAUGUGUCAUCUAGAAAUGGGGGAAGUGGUGGGCAAGUUACACAAAUGAGGAGAUGAACUGCAAAAAUUUGUAGGCUAAGGAGUGGAUGAUGGUGCAUGAAUAUGAGUGUUUAUGUUAUAUAAACAUUAACUUUUUUCUUUUGUUAUUCUGAAAAAUGGUUUAUGCAUGGUGUAUGAAAACUUGUUUUUGUGUGAUGGGCACUUAUUAUUAUGAUAUUUUUAAAUGAAUGUGA